GUGGAGUCGGUGCGCGCCAUUUUCAAACGUCUUACCGCGGGAGGUUCUCGUUCCGGCGGCGGCAGGAGGCAGCGGAGUCGCUGAGAAAGUCGCGGGUGGGGCUAGGGAGCUCACGGACUAUACAUAAAUUUAUGGUGAACUGUUUCUUAAAAUGACCACCACCUCAGAGAGAAAGUUUAUAAACCUGCGGAAACGUUUAGAUCAGCUUGGCUACAGGCAACCCCUUGGGAUCGAGACUCUCCCACUGGUGGAAAAACUCUUCAGUGAUUUGGUGCACACAACAGAAAGCCUUCGCAAUGCCAAGCUGUCAUCUGGAAAAACGGAAAAAGAGACCAAGAACUUGGACUCUGUACUUGAACCAUAUAGAGCUGAAAAUGCCCGUCUUGUACAAGAGAAUAACAAGCUCCAUCAGGAAUUACUGAGGUUAAAGGAAGAGUCAGAUCAACAUGCUAAAGAUUUAAAACAUACCAUAAGAAAAUUGGAACAUGACACUGCAGAUUUGAAGUUUUUAAAUAACCAGUAUGUGCAUAAAGUACGAUCCCUAGAAAAGGAAAGUAAAGCAAAGACUGAUAAGAUCCAGCAACUACAAGAGAAAAAUCUGCAAGCUGUUGUGCAAACUCCAGGUGGUAGAAAGCGCACUAUCCCAUUUCGUCGACAGCGAAUGCAAAUUGAUCAGCCAGUUCCUCCAUCUGGAAUUGCAUCAGCACCACAAAUUCAUACAGAAGAUCCUUAUUUCAUGGACCUCUUGAGUGUGGCUGAUAAUAGAAUACUCGAUCUGCAAGCUACAGUUGAUGAGCUGAAAUGUGAACUGGAAAAAUCAGAUCGUGGGAUGAGAAAAUUCCAGAGGCAGAUUGAAGUAAGAGAUGAGGAAAUAGAACGCUUGAACCGGACUCUGGAAGGUGGUCGUCCUCAUGAUGUUAUCUCUCUAGAAGCUAAAAGCAAAAGUAAUGAGCGUCUUAUAGCACACUUAAACCUACAGGUUGAAUAUCUUCAGCGAACUAACUGCGAUCUGGAGAAGCAGUUGAAAGAACUUAUGGAGAAAAAAAGUGAUGCAGCAAAUGAGGUUGUAAAUCUAAGCACGAAAAAUGAACACUUGUGCAAUGAAUUGAAUGAGAUUGACCAUUUGGCACAGCAGUUGGAAAGAGACAAAGAAAUUGCACUAGAGAUUGCUGAUAAAGAAAUUCAAGAAGCGAAGGAUGAAAUCCAGAAGCAGCACAAAGAACUGGAAGGAUUUGAAGAAACGAUUGCUAGACUGACCAAAGAACUUACUGCAACACAUGUUGACAACACCAAACUUCAAGAAGAGUUACAGUGUAAAGUGGAAGAAAACAAAACUCUCAAUGAUUUGUUAAAUCAAGUAAAACAGGAAAAACAAAGGCUGGUUGAAAGAAUUGAUAAACAAGUAGCAACAGAACGAGAAAUAGUGUUGGAAUUGGAAAGAAUGCGAACGAAGCAUGGUGUUCUCAAAGGAGACACAUCACCAUCAAGACUAGAUAAAUUCGUAAAGACAUUAGAAGAAGAGCGGGAUUAUUACAAAAGUGAAGUGGAAUACCUGCAGGAUAUGAUAUCUGCAAAGGGUAGCCCAAUCUGUUCUCCAAGACGUGGACGAAGCCCAGUACGAGUUUCACCUGUGAAGACUAGUAGUCUCAGCACCGAGCUGUUACAGGCUAUCAGAGAGCGAGAUGAAUUACAAGCAGUGUUGGAUAAUUUUGAGCAACACAUGGCAGAAAUCCAAUCCAAUGUCAAGAUGGUGACAGCGGAACGAGACAGGUUACUUAUGAUUUAUGAACAGAAUCAAGAUGAGUUGAACAAAUUGAAAAAGGAAGUGCUAAUAUCACCGAUCUGCCAAAUGCGUGUGCAAGAGGAAAGAGAUGAAGCUAAAGCAGAUCUGAAAAGAAUGGCAGCUGAAAAAGAGAAUUUGAGAGAGCGAAUGAAGAGCAUCCUUGAAACAGCUGAUCUCAACACAAAACGGAUGGAACAGACGAUAUCACAGUUAGAAAAUAAAACAUGUGAACUUGAUGAUGAAUGCUUCAACCUCAGGAAGAAAGUAGCAAAGCAAAAGGAAGAAAUUGCAGCACUCGAAGAAAAAAACAAGUGUCAAUCACAAAAACUCUCGCAGGCCAGUGAUGAUGUUGCACAGCAAAAGGCAGAGCUGAGUUCAGUUAGGUUGCUGAAUGAACACCUGGAGAAGUCUCUUGCAGACUUACAGCAUCGGUUGAGUGCGAAAACCAAAGAGCUUCAAACAUCGCAGGACAGAAUUAACAGACAAGAGGAGAGACUAGGUGAGUUCAACCGACAGAAUUCUGCUCUACGAGAAGAAAUCAACUUAUUAAAAACUACAGUAUCUGCUCUAGACCAGGAAAAGGAUUGCCUGCAGGACGCUGUAGAUGACAAAACGGAAAAAAUUGCUACUUUAGAAGAGAACCUUGCCAAUCGGGAAAAAGCGAUAACAAAUAUGAAAAUUACUGUGACUGAACUAGAAUCUGCAUUAGACCUUUUGAAUGACACCCUAAGUAACCGAGACCGGGAAAUAAAUUCCUUACGUCGGCAACUAGAUUCUAUUCAUAAGGAUUCAGAGGAAUUAGAACAGUGUCGAGAUGCUGCAUUUAAAGAAAAUCGUUGUCUGCGAGAUGACUUGACUCAAAUGACGAGGGAAAAUCAGGCGGUCACAAAUGAGUUGGAACAAGCUUUGCAUGAAAAGGAUGAGUUAAAAUCAAGAGUGCAUAACUACAUCAAUGAAGUGGCAAGAAUUGAAAGCUUAAUGGUUGCCAAGGAACAAGAACUCCAUCAUAUGCUGGAGCAAUUCCGAAUGGCGAGUAAUCAGGCCGAGAACUGGGAGAACAAGGCUCAUCAGGCAGAGGGCGAAAGUAGCUCAAUUCGAUUAGAGCUCAUGUCCGUAGACACAGAGAGACGGCAUCUUGAGGAAAAAGUCGGCAAGCUUGAAAAGGAAAUAGAGGAGCACCUAGCUGCCCAACAAGCAUAUGAGAAAGAGAUUUCCUGUAUAUCUAAAAGCAUGUGCAAACUGGAAGAAGAGCUGCGGCAGACACAGGCUGAGAAAUGCCAUGUUUUAGGGGACCUGGCUUCAGUCAGAGAACUGUGUGCCCAACUGGAUUCGAAUAAGGAAUUGCUUUCACGGCAACUUACUUCUAAGAAUAUGGAGCAUGAAAAGACCUUAAGUGAACUGGAAGAUUUGAAAUCCGAAGUUGAAGUUUUAAAGAAACAGAUGUGUACUGAACGGGUCACAGUAAAGAACCUUGAGACAUUGUUGACAUCGACGCGAGAAAAGGAGUUUCAGUGUCAUCUGUCAAAGAAUGAAAAAGAGUCAGAAAUACAGCUUCUUGGAGACAAGCUGACUCUAGCAGAGAGCAAAGUAUCAAGCCAGAAUAGAGAAAUAGCUCAGCUUCGUGCUAAGUCUUCACAACUUCAAGCGGAGCUUGACCUUAUCAAACGUCAGCUAACAACAGAACGUUUUGAAAGAGAGCGUGCAAUUCAAGAGAUGCGUCGGCACGGCCUUUCUACUACAAUCAGCUCCUUAUCUCCACUCAGAACAUCAGUGAGCCCUGUUUCACAUUCACACGAUAUGGGCUCGCCUAAAAAAGCAUCAGACCAUUUGACUGACUGUUAAAUGACAAAAGUUUGUUUUAAGGAGUAUCCUUUACGCAAGCCAGUUGAAUGUUUCACAAAUGGAGCUACAGUUCUCACCAAAAGAGCGUAUCUGAAGUUGCAAGCUGAAUCUUUUACAAUAUUGGUUUCAUCACACUUUGCAGAAUUUUGAAAUGAAGCAAUCUAAGUUCAAGGCAAAUUUUUUUAUUACAUUUCUAGUCAUUGGAGUGAAUUGUGAUAAUUCCAUGACACUUCAAUGUUCUAUACACAUUUGUCAGCUUGUUUAACAUUUUAGUGUUAUUAAAAUAUCAGCAUUUUUCCAAUUGUUCAAAUAACAUCUAGCCUGUGCUUAAAGUAGGUUUUAACUUCUGCAUUACACUGCUUAUUAAAACAAAAGAGCUUGCCCAACCAUAUUUUUGUUCUGUGAUGUGUGACAGAACAGCAGCUACAUUUAGGCCCUUUCUCAUUUUCAAAUGACUGCACAACAUUUAAAUUGGAGACUGCAAUUGACCAAUUUUCAAAUAGAUUUUCUUAACAUCUUCAUUGAGCAUAUAUUUACAUAUGUACAUAAUUAUUAUCGUGAGCUUACAUAUAUUUCACAGGAUCAAAUCUACCAUAACAAUAUAAUGAGAAGUGAACCAUAAAAGUUUUUUUCCUGCUACAGUAAAGCUACAAGAUGAUAUAUGAAGCAAAUAGGAAAAAAGAAUACUCCUUUAUAAACAAUGUGAAUUAAAGUUUACUGAAUUAUUGAAUCUAAAUAUGGUGUUAUUAUUUUUAUAUUUUCCGAUACACACUCUCAAACAGACCCAAUAAAAUGUGGCACUGAGAUUUAUUCAUUCUUAUGUAAUGCCUAUUUUAUGCUGUAAAUAUCUGUACUAUACUGUCAGUCAUAAUGAAGAUUUUUUUAUUCCGCAAAGAUAUUUUUGUAUUGAAUUAGGAUUUCAGUUUUAUAUACAAGCUAUUUUUUAAUAUGUUUGUUCUCAGUAACUGUGACUAGUAUUUUUGCUACCAUUCCCAAAAUUGUCUCCUCUUAUUAAUAACUGUCAUUGAUGUGUCGUCUCAUACUUGACCAUACAAUAUAAACUGAGAUUUUACCAUCUUGAUAUUCUCUUGAGGCAUACCUAUCGUAAAAUGGGCUAAUAACAUGUUUAAUAAAUGCAAAUGAGCUUCUCAGGCUGGAUUUAACAAUGUUUUAACAUAGCUACUAAGAAAUCAGUAUUGAUUUCUUGAGUGUAAUUCAUAACUAUAUACAGUAACUAUUAAAUAGCAACUUUAUAUUUUGAUCAAGUAUAUUUUGCUUUGACUUCCUUACACCAUGGAGGUUCCACCGGAAUAAAAUAAGUGAAAUCAGUUACUGAUUUAAAAAGUGAUGGUUUUCACGUUAAAAUAAAAUCUCUUAUUCAUGUUAUCCAGUUAGAUAUUCCAGGACUGUGGUCCUAAUGUCAUAUAAUAUGGCUGCCUCAAAUUUUUACACCUGUUUUUCAUUACAAAGUGAAGUUUUGGAUAAUGGUACAGAUUCACCUAAGUGGACGUUUAUUUUCGUGAAGCAUACCUGUAAGAUUUAUUUAGUAUUCCAAAUUUUGAACUGCAUUAAAUUAUCUUCAGUUUAUCUUUGUUAUUUAAAUGAUUUUACAUUUGUUUAUAUUUUUGCUUUAGUACUGACUAGAUGCCGACUUUUGGAGUUUUUUUGCCAAUUGUAUUUAACCUAGUACCUAUUUAUUAAAAUUUUUAAUGAACAUUAAUAAAAGUUGAGGUUAUUAUA